AUGGAGUCAGAUGACAGUGAUUCGUCAACUUCGGACGAAGAGUAUGUGCCCCCAGCGAAACUUUCGAAAACCGAAUGUGAUAGCGGCGAUUCCUCAGAGGACGAAAGCAGCGUCGAGGUUUCGGACGAUGAACUUGAAUGUAGUUCUGAGAAACGACACUUGGCAGACGAGGACACAUCUGCUACAGUACGUUGCAGUUUCAAUAAAAACCAAACAGCCAAUAAUAAUCAGGGACCCUCCAUGCAUGUUAAUGAGGAGGAACGAAAGGCAAAAGAGGAUGCGAUUUGGGAUGACUUCCUAUCUUCUGUUGAGAAUCCGACAGUGACAAAGUCCACGGGUGAAUAUGUGGAAGUGUCAAAGAAAUAUCAAUUUGCCGGCGAAGAGAUUAAGGUCACAGAGCGUGUUUCAGUGAAAAACAAUGCAUGUCAGGGCGAAACAGUUUCAACUUUAGAGCGAAAGACAAUUGUACACGACGGUGAUAACGUCUCCGACUCCCAUAGUGCAAAGAAACCUCUCAGUGUCAACUCACCAGUGAAACCAACUACCAUCAAGUCCAAUGGAUUGGCAACUGCUUUAAACAACCUCAAGUCACUCACGGGCAAUAAACUUCCCAAGCUGAGCACCCUAGAGAAAUCACGGAUGGAUUGGCAAAACUUCAUACGAAAAGAGAAUAUCGAGGACGACUUAAAGGCGCAUAACAAAGGCAAGCAAGGCUAUCUGGAGCGGCGUGCUUUCAUUAACCGGACUGAGGAGCGCGAAUACGCCUUGUUAAAAUCCCAGACAAGUCGGAAGACG